AUCUCUGGUGCUCUAUAAAUACAGAGAUCCUCAGAAAGGCGUACGUAUCGGGUUGAAGGACAGCUCCUCUCCUCUCCUCUCCUCUCUUCUUAGACACACACCGAGAGCGGAAGAGCCGUAGAUCUCUCCUCCUUCCAUUUCCCUCAGGUGAAAACAAUAUGGGGCUGUCUUUCACCAAGCUUUUCAGCCGUCUCUUUGCGAAGAAGGAGAUGCGUAUACUGAUGGUGGGUCUCGAUGCCGCUGGUAAGACCACCAUUCUCUACAAGCUAAAGCUCGGCGAGAUCGUCACCACCAUUCCCACCAUUGGAUUCAAUGUGGAGACUGUGGAAUACAAGAACAUCAGCUUCACUGUCUGGGAUGUUGGGGGUCAGGACAAGAUUCGACCCUUGUGGAGGCACUACUUCCAAAACACACAAGGACUUAUAUUUGUGGUUGAUAGCAACGAUCGUGACCGUGUAGUUGAAGCUAGGGAUGAGCUGCACAGAAUGUUGAACGAGGAUGAGUUGAGGGAAGCUGUUCUGCUUGUAUUUGCUAACAAGCAAGAUCUUCCAAAUGCCAUGAAUGCUGCCGAAAUAACUGAUAAGCUCGGCCUUCACUCCCUCCGUCAACGCCACUGGUAUAUCCAGAGCACAUGUGCUACUUCUGGUGAAGGACUGUAUGAGGGACUGGACUGGCUCUCAAACAACAUUGCAAACAAGGCAUAGAUUGGCUUAAUUUGAAUUGUGUUCCAAGUGUGCUGUAACACCAAGUUGACAUUUGAUCCUUGGUGUUCAGCUUUUGCUACUGUUUGAAGUACCUGUUUACCAUGUUUGUGUUUUCUUUUUGCACACUGUCCAUCUUUACCUGUAGCUUAACAAUAAUUCAUAGAUUCUCACUCUUUUUUCAUGGUAUCAACUCG